AAUAGAAAAAUGAGCAAUAGCACGGAAAUCAUCUCUACCCAAAAGGUUCUUCAAUGUGUAACAUUCCCUCCAAGAGGAUUUUCACUUGGAUUUUUUAAAAAAGGUUCAACUCCAUGGAUAUAUUCUGUCCCAACAAUUGAAUCUCAAAUACUCAUUAUAUAUCUUCUCACACAACUUUUUCAUUUUCCUCUCAAGCGCAUUGGAUUUCCCAAGAUCGCUUCGGAGAUCUUUGCGGGACUAAUCCUUGGAUCUACUUUUCUUGGGCGUUAUAAGAGUUACCAAGAAAAGUUGUUUCCUCUUCCAAGUCAAUCAAUUCUGGGUGCACUAACAACAUUUGGUUUCCUACUUUUCCUUUUUCUAAGUGGUGUCAAAAUGGACACUAGCAUGACAAGGAAAAUAGGGAAAAGGGCACUAGUAAUAGGUUUUCUUAAUCACUUAGCUCCAUUGAUAACCGGUAUGAUAACCGUAUUUGCAUUAUCAAGUGAUUUCUAUCAAGAAGGUGUAACACCAUUAUCCAUUCCAGUUGAAGUCAUAAGUAUUGCUAAGACAUCUUUUCCUGUCAUCUCUUACCUCCUUAAGGAUCUCGGACUCCUUAAUUCUGAACUUGGAAGAUUAGCACUUUCUUCAGCACUUAUUAGUGACUUAGUUGGUCUCACUAUCCAUGCAUUUAUCUUUCUAAUUGUUAUAGGUGCAAAGAAUACAAUCCAAAGAGCAAUCACUGAUGCAAUACUUUUAAUUGCUUUCAUUAUUGUAGUUAUUUUUGUCUUUAGGCCACUCAUGAUGUGGAUAGUCAAAAGGACCCCGGAAGGGAGACCUGUUAAAGACCUUUACAUUCUCAUCAUUGUUCUUGCUGUUUUACUUUCUGGUGUCUUCUCUGCCUGGUUUGAACAAACAGUUCUUUUUGGCCCUUUAAUCUUUGGCUUGGCCGUCCCUGAGGGACCGCCUUUAGGAUCUACACUAGUAGAUAAACUUGAUCCAUUUACAUCAGGAUUUCUGUUACCUAUUUUUGUAACUGUAAUGUCCUUAAGAACAAAUCUCUCUGCCAUAAAUCCCUCUGCUUCUUAUACAUUUGCAAAUAUUAUCCUAUUGUGCGUCGGCAGUAUAACAAAAAUACUAGCAUGUUUACUUCCCAUGCUAUAUUGCAAAAUGCCCUUAAAUGAUGCUGCAGCUAUCAGCCUCAUCAUGUCUACAAGAGGUGUCGUUGACUUGGCUUCCUACAGCUUUCUAAGAGAUGAUAAAAUCAUCAAUCAGGCUAGUUUUGCUUUUAUGGUAAUAGCAACAGCCGUUACGUCAAUAUUUGUGCAAAUCAUGGUGAAAUGGCUUUAUGAUCCAUCUAGGAAAUAUGCUGGAUAUCAAAGAAGAAACUUAAUGAAUUCCAACAACAAGUUACCCAUACUAGUUUGCAUUCACAAUCCUGAUAACACUGCUGCUAUACUUAGAUUGCUGGAGAAAUCUAAUCCCACUAGGGAUUUUCCUAUAGUGUCCAAUGUUCUCCACCUUAUAGAGCUACGCGGUCGAGCAUCUUCUGUUUUCAUCUCUCACCAAGUUCAGACAAAGGCUAUUACUGAUGUAGCUUAUUCAGAAAAUGUCAUUCUUGCUUUCCAGGGGUUUGAACGCAAUCACUAUGGUGCUGUGACCAUUCAAGCUUUUACAGCUAUCUCCCCACGCAAUUUAAUGCAUGAGGAUAUAUGUACUCUUGCCCUUGAUGUCCUUGCAUCCAUCAUUAUAUUACCCUUUCAUCGAAAAUGGGCCGUGGAUGGAUCAGUAGAAGUUGAAGAUCAUGGUUUGAGAACUUUGAACUCUAGUGUUCUUGAAAGGGCUCCUUGUUCUGUUGCAAUCCUAGUUGAUCGAGGCCAGUUGAAACGUUCUACCUCUGUCCGUGCAUCAGAGAAUGUAUAUUGUAUUGCCAUUUUAUUUUUGGGAGGAAAUGAUGAUCAAGAAGCAUUAGCAUUUGCUAAACGAAUGGCCAUUAGUGGGACCAUUAGCCUCACGGUGAUACGUUUGAUAUCCAAGCAAGAUGUGAGUUGUGAUGUGGAUGAAGUAAUUGAUUUGGAUAUCGUAGGUGAUUGGAAACAAAGCCGAAGUAGUUGGGAAAAUGUGAAGUAUAUUGAACAUUACGUGCAUGAAACAACAGAGACAGCAUUGUUAGUUCGUUCGUUAGUAGAUGAUUAUGACCUUAUAAUAACAGGGCGACGAAACAAUACACAUUCACCUCUAACAGCAGGACUUGAAGAAUGGACUGAAAUCCCAGAAUUAGGAGUCAUUGGUGAUAUGCUUGCCUCAAAGGAUCUUAAGACAAGGGCUUCUGUCCUGGUCAUUCAACAACAACAAACAACCCUAUAGACACGGG